UUCAGGUUGUUAUUAGCUUCAGAAGCUAUCUAGAUGUUGCCAUGGUAACAAUAAGCAACUCGGAGACACCGUGCGUUUCUCCGGUGAAACUAAACCGGCACCGGAGUUAAUACACCUGGAGACCUCACCUGAACAGCAGUUUGUGUCUGGUCAAACCCUGAGGCAGAGCAAGAGAAAAGGUUCCUCUGAAUAAUGAGAGCUGAUGUUAAUAUGGAAGCCAUCAGGUCCAGACAAUCUCUCCAGCUGGGAUACCAGGCUACUGAACGAUUCUGCACACCAUGCCCAGUCAGUGGAAAAGCAGAAGACCAAUCUAAGGGUCACAAGGUCACACGUGUUGUCCAGCAGCCCAACCAAGAUGAAGGCAAAAACACACAAACAACUACCCCUCUUGAGGACAAAGUUCGCUGCAGGUUUGUCAGUCUGCCUGUUCUUAACCCAGAGAGACUGAGGACAGCCAAAACGUUUGUGGACAAAGCUGUCAAGAUGCAUAAGGUAUUCUCUGUCCAGGGCCCUUACCCUGUCAUCAGGGCAGCAUUGAGGGCCAGAGGCUGGGUUGAGCAGCGUUUGACCCGGCCAAACCACCAUGCUCACCGGUGUCACAGUGAGGAGGGCAGAGCCAGCUUCAAUGAUGCUGGUGACAGCGAUGAGGAUGAUGAUGACAACUCAGAUGAUGUUGAAAAAGAGCAGGACCCAGAUGGACUUUAUGACCUCAUGUCUCGCCUUGUGAGGAAUGAAAUGGUUUAUUUCUACUGGACAAACCGUAGAGAUGCUAUCAACACCAGCAGUUUGCAAAAAGAUCAGAUUACCAAUCAUUUUGCAAAAGCAGGCAGCUUCACCACCAAGGUGGGGUUGUGUGUGAAUCUGAGGAACCUGCACUGGUUUGAUUCAGCUGACCUGGACACCUUCUUUCCCCGCUGUUACAGACCAGGAGCACAGGAUGAGAAGCAUGCUUUCAUUGAGGACUACAGGAGGACUGCCUGCACCAGUCUUUUGAAGUACAUUGUGGAGAGGGAGCAGGGUGUUCAGGGCAUGAGGACGAGCCACAGCAUUCAGGGUCAGAGGAAAAAACGCAAACAGCGACCAGUAAGACCAGUGGUCCUCUCCAAAAUGAUUGACAGCGCACUCAAAGUAUGCCAGGAGUUCCUGGAGAGUCUGGAGCAUCGUGACAUAGACACAAGUUUAGAUACACCACAAACACUAACAGCGGACGAGUGGAUAGAGUUCAUUGACGGUUACUACCGUGUUGUUCAGGAUGGAGCAGAGAUUGAGAACAGUGAUCGCUUUGUGACCUGCUGCAAAGCCAUGCUACAGAGGCUGCUGGAGGUCAGUCCACAGCUGGACAUAGACGGCGUGCACAACAUCUGGAUCAUCAAACCUGGAGCUCAGUCUAGAGGCAGAGGUAUCAAAUGCGCCAAGCGCCUGGAUCAGAUCCUCAGGCUGGUGGAUGGUGAUCCAACCCUUAUCAGGGAAAGCAAGUGGGUGGUGCAGAAAUACAUUGAGCGGCCUUUGCUGGUCCACAACACCAAGUUUGACGUGCGGCAGUGGUUCCUGGUCACCGACUGGAACCCUCUGACUGUGUGGUUCUACAAGAAGUGCUACUUGCGCUUUUCUACGCAGCCUUACUCACUACAUACACUGGACAACUCUGUCCACCUGUGCAAUAACUCCAUCCAGAAGCACCUGAGGCCUUCGCACCAACGCCAUCGAGGUAUCCCAACAGACAACAUGUGGUCCAAUGACCAGUUCAAGGCCUUUCUGUCCAGCCAGGGCCAGGAGGCUCAGUGGCAGACUGUGGCAGUCCCCGGGAUGAAGAGGGCCGUCAUCCAUGCAUUACAGACAACUCAGGAUUUGAUGGAGUCACGCAAAAACUCAUUUGAGCUCUACGGUGCUGAUUUCAUGUUAGGUCGUGACCUGCGUCCAUGGCUGAUAGAAAUCAAUGCCAGCCCCACUAUGGCUCCCUCCACCCCCCUGACAGCCCGCCUCUGCGCUGCUGUGCAGGAAGACACAUUACGAGUUGUGCUGGACCGUAGAGCAGACCGCACUGCAAACACUGGAGACUUUCAGCUAAUUUAUAGGCAGGCAGCAGUGGAAGUGCCACAAUAUGUUGGAAUCCAACUGCUUGUUGAGGGCUUCAAGAUCAAAUGGCCCCGCCAUUUUCCUCCGCUGAGGUCCUCCAGACGUUCGGUAUCAAAACGCAGGGCCCCCCUCAAGGAGAAGAAAACUGCUGACAACAAAAUAACGCCUCUGCCUGAGAUGUUGUUGAAGUGUGCAGAGACGCAGCUCCAGAACACCGGCAGCGGGGAUCCACCGCCUCGCCUCCGUCCUCCUGAGCCACACGUGCUUAAACCUGCUGAAAACUUCACACCUCGCCUACCACUUACCAUGAAGUCCAUCCACGUGCCCUCUGGUGCACAGUCUCACCCUGAGUUUUUGUGGAAGAGUAGGCCAGAGGUAUCAAAAGUCUGCUCAGAGGAAGACCAACUCCCUACCAUACAGAAGCACCAAGGCCUGUCUUUGCCUCUGGAGGUUACUGUUCCAAAACAGUCCAGGCCAGCAGCCACCAGCACUGCCUAAAAAAAAACUUUCAUAAGAAGGUCUGUUGACAUUCACACACUUCUUCUGUUUGGACUUUUUGCAGGGUUUUUUGAUGACAUAAUAAAGUCAGAAUCAGAUAGAUUGCCAUGUCUUGUUUCACACCACUUC